AACCUAAACUUGCUUUGCAUUUCAUUUUACUGGACUGAGUGUCUCCCUGGAUUCGAAUGCUCUGCCAUUGUGUUGUGCUCCAUUCUUAAUAUUCUUGCUCAGUCAGGGCGAAUGAAAUCUGCAUAUCGUGUUAUUGAAAAUGUAAUUCAGCACAAUGGUGACAAACUACCUGAAUUUUUGAUGAAUGGGUUUGUUUGCUCGGAAUCCUCCAUUGAACUUCUUAAUGUACUUUUUUUGAUUUAUGCACAAAAAGGCAUGGUGGAACAAUCUGUAACAAUUUUUUACAGCAUGGUGGGAAAUGGCUUCUUGCCUGAUGUUCGAAAUUGUAAAAGUAUUCUUCGGAUGCUUAUAGGAGGGAAUUUGGUAGAUAGGGCUAGAGAGAUUUAUGGAGAGAUGAUAAGGGUUGGGAUCAGCCCCACUGUUGUCACUUUUAAUACACUUUUGGAUUCCUUUUGUAAAGAGGGUAAGGUUCAAGAGGCCCUUGAUCUUUUAUCAGAGAUGCAGGAGAAAGGGUGCAUGCCUAGUGAUGUUACUUAUAAUGUAUUGAUCAAUGGGUUAUCCAAGGUAGGCAAAAUGGACAAGGCUGUGGAGUUGGUUACAGAGAUGCAAAUUCAUGGGUUGGCUGUUUCCAGUUACACGUACAAUCCUUUGAUACAUGGGUACUGCAUUGGAGGAAAUCUCAGAAAUGCUUUCAAAUUCUUCAAUGAGAUGAUAAGCAAUGGGGUUUCCCCCACUAUCACCACUUAUAACACCUUAAUCAAUGGGCUCUGCAAGAAAGGGAGGUUGGAAGAAGCAAGGUUGCAAUUUGAUGAGAUUUUGAGCAAUAAUUUAACUCCUGAUAUAAUUUCUUUUAACAGUCUGAUAUAUGGGUACUGUCAUGAAAAAAAAUUCGAGGAGGCCUUCUGGUUGUUUGAUGAAUUAAGAAGGAAACAUCUCAGGCCCACAAUUAGCACCUAUAACACUCUCAUCUAUGGCCUCUGCCAAGUUGGGGCCCUGGAGGAGGCUAAAAGAGUGAUGCAUGAGAUGGUCAUUGGGGGGUGCUUUCCUGAUACUCUUACAUAUACGGUUCUUAUAAAUGGGUACUGCAAAGCUGGUGAUUUGAUUAUGGCAAGGAAGUUUUUUGAUGAGAUGGUUGGUAAGGGAAUGCAUCCCAAUUGUUAUGCAUACACGACUUUAAUUGAUGGUGAGAUUAGGUCAGGCUUUGUGGCCCAAGCUUUCCACUUAAAGGAUGAGAUGGUUUAGAAGGGAAUCUCGCCAAAUGGAAUUACAUAUAAUGUAUUGUUAGUUGGUGUUUGCAGGUUGGGUAGUUUACAUGAAGCAUAUGGACUUUUGCAAAAGAUGGUGCAAGAUGGUUUUGUUCCAGAUUCUGUGGCAUACGCUUCACUAAUUUGGGGACACUGCCAAAAAGGGGAGCUUAGAGAAGCGAGGGAGCUCUUUGGCGAAAUGAAGAGGAGGGGAUUAUCCCCAUCCAUUGUUACUUACACGGUAUUGAUCCAUGCUCAUGCGGCUGAAGGUAGGCUAUAUAUGGCCUGUAGAUUUUUCUUUGAGAUGAUUGAGAGUGGGUUAUCACCAGAUGAAAUCACUUACACUGCUUUGAUAAAUGGUCUUUGCAAAGAGGGAAGCAUAGACCAGGCUUAUAGCCUCUUCUAUGAGAUGGAGGGAAAGGGAUUAUCCCCCGAUAAAUACACUUAUACUAUGUUGAUGGAUGAGAAUUGCAACAUGGGUAAUUGGCAGGAAGCUAUUAGAUUGUAUGCUGAAAUGUUGGGGAGGGGUCUUGAGCCUGAUUCUUGUACUCAUGCUGUAUUGUUUAAGCGAUUAAGAAAGGACCACAAAAUCCAUGCUAUUCGAGUUUUGGUGAAUGAAGUUCUCAGUAGUGAAAUGGUUGCCGAGAAUUUUGUGAGGAGUGAUGAGUGGGGUGACUCUUCAAACCAUGACUACAGAAACUUUUUGGCUGCUAUACUAAUGAAUAAGUUGAAUUUGAUGCGAGUAACAUUCCGCUUGUUAGCCUCUCAUUGGUUCGAGUGUUGCUCUUGUAUCAACAUUUGAAUCACUCCAGGAGGAGGUAAUAUCCUAUGCCACUUGUCUUCUUUUUGAUCUGCUUUUCUCUGACCAUUGCAUGUGCCCAUUUCGUUUUUUUAAUUUGCAUCUGCCCUUUCGUUUUUUUAAUUUUUUGGCAGAUUUGUUCUUAUUUUGUCAACUUUGGAAUUUUGAUGUGUUUUGUUGUUUUAGAUUGCUCCAAUCCAUAUAUUUCCCAACUGUGAUAAUGCUUCAGUAAUGUUAAGUUGAAUGGUGUUUUGGUUUUUCCAUGGGUGUAUCAUGAUGGAUCCUGGAGCUGGUUCUUUCUAAAUCAAGGCUUGUAUUAUGUGCUACUAAAUCAGCUUCAUAUUUCAGUCAGAUAUUUAAUUUUUAAGUUUUAGAUACUUCAAGAACUGAAAGCUUGUAUGAUAUACAUCCAGUUAUCAAUAUAGGGGGAAAGAAAAA